UAUAUGAUAAAUUAAAGGCUUAAAUAUGUAUGCUCUUAUUAAUCCUAUAUACUUGGUACCUCAACUGGGAAUAAUAUAUGGAUAAUUAUAUAAUUAGUAGGUUAGAGGACCACAUAAUGUCCAUUAAGAAAUAAGUAGACAGUCUUCUUUGAAUAAUUAAGAAAAAUAGCUUUAAACUAUUUUCUGCACAUCUAAAGAGUUAAUAUAAAYCUGUACUACUUGAAAACAAUGCAUAUUAUUUGGUCAUCCAAGGAAGGUCAUGCGUGUAGACUGAGUUGACAGCUGUUAUGCAAAUCACUUSAUAUAUGAUCUGUUGAGAAGAGUUCAUAAUUUAAUGGCAAUGAUGCUACUAAUACUAUUGGUKUCUGUGUUCUUCGCUGUGGCCAKCUCUGAUUCUGAAAGAGAUGAGUUCCUGUACGGAAAAUUUCCUGACGAUUUUGUAUUUGGAGCUUCUACAUCGGCUUACCAAAUCGAAGGAGGCUGGAARGCUGACGGCAAAGGCCCAAGUAUUUACGAUGAAAUGGUCCAUACGCUUCCAUACCUUUUCAAAAACCAGACCGGUGAUAUUGCCGACGAUAGUUAUCAUAAAUACAAGGAGGAUGUGAGGAUUCUCAAGGAUUAUGGAGCCAAAGUUUACCGGUUUUCAAUAGCAUGGAGCCGUGUUCUUCCUAAUGGUACCACCGAUGUCAUCAACCAAGCCGGCAUCGAUUACUACAAUAAACUUUUGGAUGAACUUAUUGAGAAUAACAUUGAGCCAAUAGUGACUCUUUARCACUGGGACCUMCCACUWGCAUUUAGWCCAAUUGGUGGYUGGCUGAACAGGUCUAUGAUUGGCUACUUCAACGACUACGCGAAGGUUUGCUUCAAGAACUUUGGCACGAAAGUCAAGAAAUGGCUSACGCUAAACGAACCACUCGUUGUGAUGGAAAGGCAUGRUUUUUACAUGAAAGGCUUSAUCAAAAACAAAACAGAACUCUCUAUACUCCAAUACCAGACCAUGCAUCAUUUGAUUCUUGGACAUGCCACAGCUUACCAGACAUAUGUGAAUGAGUUUAAAGSAAAGCAAAAAGGCGAAGUUUCCAUUGCGAUAAGUAGCACWUGGGGUGAACCKAAGACACAAAACAAACAAGACCUUGACGCUGCUGAGAGAUAUAUGCAAUUUACUCUUGGUAUAUUCGCCCAUCCAAUAUUCCUCAAUGGUGACUAUCCUGAGAUUGUAAAGGAUAUUGUAGCGAACAAAAGCAAAGSUGUAGGAAUCCCAAACCGUUUGCCAAAAUUCACCGAAGAAGAGAAAAAAAUUGUCAAGGGAAGCGCUGAUUACUUUGGUCUGAACAACUACGAGUCYGUACUCGUUGAGAACCAUGUCUAUCCGGUUGGUGACUCGUCAACACAAGAAUAUCGCAGGGAUGGCAACUAUAAGACAAGUUAUGAUGAUUCAUGGGAGAUAGCUGGGGCUUAUAAUUUCAGGGUUGUUCCCUGGGGCAUGCGAAGGCUGCUUGCUUAUAUCAAAAASAACUAUAAAAACCCUGUUGUAUACAUAACUGAAAAUGGAUGUAUGGUUCCCGGAGAGUACGAGAUGUCCCUAAUCUGGCGCAUUAACGACGUGUUCCGCAUAAYCUUCUAUAGGCGUUACAUCAAUGAAGUGCUCAAGGCCAUUGUUAAGGAUGGCGUCAACGUUAAAGGGUACAUGGCGUGGACUUUGAUGGAUAACUUUGAGUGGCAGCAAGGAUAUCAUGCUACGUUUGGRCUUCACUAUGUGAACUUUUCAGAUCCACAGCGCACUCGUGUUCCUAAGAGGUCCGUUUCCUUCUUUAAAGGGCUCAUUAAAAACGGUGGCUUUCUUUCAUCCACAGCUAUGGGACUGCACGCAUUUAGUUGGCCUUUGAUACUUGGUGUACUAUUUGGAGCCUUAUUCUUUUUUAACUGAUGUUUUCGAAGAAAGAUGUUUUGUGUAGAUAAAUUAAACAUAAACGAUUAAUCAUAACAAUUAUAACAAUGAGGGAUAUACAUCAUACAAUUAUGUUCAUGAAGAAGGAAAAAUAAGAGAUGAAGCAUAUAUMACUUCUUAGCUGGGUUUAUCAGUGUAUGUUAUCAGAAUUUAAUUCGCUCCCUGAUUUGCAUUAAAUCCAAAAGUGAUUGUUC